CUUCACUCUCAGCUCAGUCACUCAUACAAACUCCUUUCUCUCUCCUGCUGUGGACCAGUCCACUUCCUCAAACUCACCAGGCUAGACCUCCACUCUUUUUCUUUUUCCUCCUGUCUUUCCACUUCAUCCCAAACCAGACGUGUGUUUUUAAUUUUUUACCUUUUUUUUUUUGGUUUUUCCUCCUCCUGCAGUCCCGGGCUUUGUCUUCAUUCAAAGGAUCUCAAUCUGCUUCAUUCUGCAGACUUUUAAAAAAAUUUUUAUUCCUGACCUUUUUUGGGCCGGUCCGUGUGUGUGUGUGCGUCUGUGUGUGUGUCUGUGUGUGUGAGUGUUUGUGUGUGUGUCUGGCGUGUGCAGGGGUUUCUGGUGUCGUGCUCUUUGCCCCGAAGGAAUCCCUAAAGGUUGCGACUUGGAGGAGAAAGACUUUUCGACACAAUGAAAUUUCAGCUGCUGCUCCUGCUGGCCCUGGCCGGCCCUUUCUGCGCUUUCACACUUGCAAGCCCCACAGAACUCCCUGCAGAGCUUGACGUCACGGCCACUGAAGCUGCACCAGAGGAGGCCGUCGUCGAAGCCGCCGACGCCACCGACGCCCCGGAGGCUCCCGUCGAGCUCACCGUCAUCACCGAUCCCCCCGCCACCGACCCCCCCGCCGCCCCUGAAGAACUCGCCACAGAAGUCGCCGCAACCGAGGCACCAGCGGCUGCCGAAGAAACAGUGGAAACCGAGGCCCCAGUCGUGGAGACAGAAGGUCCUCCCGCCGUCACCGCAGGACCAGAAGUCCUGCUCACCGAAGCCCCCGCUGUAGAGACGGCAGCCCCUGAACCAGCAGAACCAGAGGCAGAACCAGAGGCAGAACCAGAACCAACACAGGCUGUAGCUGAGGCAGAGGCAGAAGAAGGAGUGGUGGUUGAAAAUGGUGAAGAGGAGGGGCUCAGCUCAGGCCAGGUGGUGGGCAUUGUAAUCGGCGCUCUGCUGGCAGUGAUCAUCGUCAUCGCUGUAGUGAUAGCUGUGGUGAGGAGGAUGGGAAAAUACUCGGCUGCCAAGAACAAAAAACCUGCGAAAAAAGACAGCGUUAUGGUUUCUCCCUUGAGGAAAAAGGCAGUGAAGCAGCAGGAAAAGAAGUUCUGGAAAUUCUGAACUACUGAACUGUGACGUCAUUUCCCAUCAUUAAAGCAAGCGCCGUACCAGAACUAAACUCAUCUAACCAGGACUGUGGACUGUUGCCAAAAAAAAAAAAAAAAGUACAAGAGGGGGGGAUGUGUGGGGGGGAGUUGUGUGUAUGUUAUUUUAUGUACUGUAUGUAUGCAUGUGAGACAAGAGGGGGUACAUGAGCAAAAAAAAACCCACCCUCACUACCCCUCUUUGCGACCCCUCCCCUCCCCUCCCUUCGUCUUUCUUCCCUCCGCUCCCGAAAAAAGUACUCGGAGCGAACAAAAAAACGAGGUGACAGCAGGAUGUCACAAAGAAUUUCAGGGCUUUUCAUUGGAUUUUGUUAAAAAAAAGAAGACGCGUAGAGGAUCGACCUCUGGCUUUUUAAAGUGAUACUUACCUCGACUGACUUAGAUUUGUGUUGAAGUUGGCGACGUUGAACGAAAAUACUUAAAAAAAAAAGCAGCAGGAUUUUUUUUUUUUACAAACACAAAACAAGGUUGUGAGAAGGAAAGAAAACCAGGAGAGUCUGUUCCAAAUUCCACAGGAUGUAUAUACAACGCAAGGGGACGACAUUGUACACACAGCUAAUGACUUUCUCAUAUGUUAGCAUGUUAGCGUAUCACGGAUGACGCAGUACAUACAAUACAGUUGGCGUAGACUUUCUUACUGGCUAACCAAACUUCAACUUGAGGAUACCCCUGAGCACCAUUUAAGACAUUUCUCAUGCUCCCACGAUCCCUCAUCUCGUAAACACACUGAUAUGUUGGUCAGCUGUAUGAAGCCGCCAUGUGCCGAAGUUGUUCUGACAUAACAACCUGACCCCCCCCCCCCCCC